AAAACCUCUCCUCACAUAAUUUGAUGGUAAGGAUGUGAAUGCUCUAAAUCUACACGACAAUAAACCAACCCCCAAUUAUUAUCCAAUCCCUGGUUUUCUUCAUCUGUGAAAACCUUGAGACGAGUCAAGGAUGGCUGACUUACCAGGUUAUCUGAUAACCUGUUUGAAUUCUGGGAAACUUGCUCUUUUGGCUAUUUUGGUAUCGGGAGGGAUCGUAUUGCAAAUACUAGCAUGUGUUUUGUACAAUAAUUGGUGGCCAAUGCUAACAGCAUUGACGUAUUUGGUUCUCCCUGUGCCGUUGAUAUUGUUUGCUGGUUCGGAUACGUCUAUAUACUUCAAUGAAUCUGAAAGCAGUUGGGUGGAUGCAACCAAGUUCCUGACAGGAGCUUCAGCAGUGGGCAGCAUAGCAAUUCCUAUAAUCUUGAAGCAUGCCGGCGUGAUUACAUGGGGUGCAUUUGCAAUGGAGCUUUCGUCGCUUUUUGUGUUUGUUACGGCCAUAUCUUGUUUCCUUGGAAUGAAUAAUGAUGAUGGUGGGUAUAGUAUGAUCUAAGUCAGAUGAUGAUGAUGAUAUUGGUGUUUGGGUAUCGAAAAAGGGACCAGCUUUCUGUGGGUGUUUAGCCUUCAUCAACCGUUACGAGCUUCAUAGUCUUGUUUGUGUUGCAAAAUAUGUAAAUUUCUAGCAGACUUUUUCAGAUCUGAAUUUGUCUGAAUGUAAAUGGGUGGUGUGGGGAUAAUAUCCUUUUAAUUCAUGUAAUCAGAGUGUUGUAUUAAAAAAGUAUUGAUUAUAUGUUUCUAUGUUACAAAAAAAAAAAAAAAAA